AUGACCUCUGUCCCGGCCGCCUCCAAGAAGUACAAGGUCGUGCUUCUAGGUGAUAGUGGCGUGGGGAAAUCAUCGCUGGUGCAGCGCCUCGUCAAGGAUGAGUGGAACGAGAACCAGAACUCCACCGUCGGCGCCUCCUUCUUCCGCUACUCGUGCCCCGUAGACGACACCGCCGUCAACUUCGACAUCUGGGACACAGCGGGGCAGGAGCGCUACAAGAGCCUCGCCUCCAUGUACUACCGCGGUGCCGCCGCAGCGCUCGUCGUCUACGAGCUGCCGUCGUACGAGACGUUCGAGCGCGCCAAGUACUGGGUGCGCGAGCUCGCCGCGAACUCCCCCGAGACGAUCAUCACACUCGUAGGCAACAAGAGCGAUCUGGCCGGCAAGCGCGGCGUCAGCGCGGAGGAGGCCGCCGCGUACGCGAAGGAGCUCGACCUGAUGUUCAGCGAGGCGAGCGCGAAGGACGGCAGCGGCGUGCACACCGUCUUCGAGCAGAUCGCGCGCCGCCUCGUCGCGUCCAACAGCCAGAACGCAGUGCGUGAAGGCGGCAUCGUCGGGCGCCAGCCAAGCACAAAACCCAAACAGUCUGGCUGCUGCACCUAA